CCCCGGAACCAAGGAAACAAAAGAAGAGUAAAAUAGAAAAUAAAAAAACAAAAGGAAAAAACAAUAUCGAACCUCCACCACUGGACCCCACAUUGGUUCUCUCAACGUUCAAACCGCUUCUGUUCAUGACCUUGUAACUGUCAAGCUAACAAUGGUCGAAUUGACUCGCGCCAUGCCCUGGCACCAGCCCAUUGUUGUUUAGUGUCAUAAUCUUCUUGUGUGUGGCUUUGCUUUCAGUUGCUUUAAUCGGUCACUGAGCAUUACGAUCGCUGAAGCCCAGCACAUGAUAUCGCGAAGGAUCAAAGGGAAAAGGCAAAAGUUACUGAUACAUAUACGUCCUGGGAACCUUGAUAUCUCGCCCUCGUACGCUAUCACAGCUAAGGGGGCUCGAUCAAUAUCGACGUUUCUUACGUUUCUCUCAAAAAUAAUACCUGAGUCAGCAAAGAGAAGAUCAAAGUUGCAUGGAUUGCAGACUGCAAACAUCAGAGCUAUUCGUACGCAAACAUUGCUCCCCUGAUCUGAGGCACAGACACAUUUUACUUCCGAAAGUCUCCCAAGGCGUUGAGGCUACAAAUCGACUCUCCUCUCGUACCGCCAGUCAUUGCUGGUCGAUGACGCAGCUACCUGUUCUUAGUUCUCUCUAGAGCUGCCCGAGUGAAUUGACUACGUUGCUUUUCAUUCCACGUGAGUCAGCAUGUCAUACACAUGGGGUUCUCUGUUUAGCGGCUCUAAGAUCUUGUUCUAUAUAAUAUUUUGGGGUUCUCAUAUUCUUGUGUUUGCACUGGGAUGGUAUUUCCAAGCAAAGAAUUCAAGAUUGGAUGCCCUCAAUGCCCUGCAAUAUUCCGUCUGGAUUUCAAGAGGCGCAGGCUUAGUAUUGACAUUCGAUGGGACCCUGAUUCUGUUGCCUAUGUGCAGGAACAUUGUCAAAACUCUCAGGCCUAGAAUCCGAUGGCUACCGCUGGAUGAAUCAAUAUGGUUCCACCGCCAAGUCAGCUACUCUCUGCUUAUCUUUACCAUUCUCCAUGUUGCCGCUCAUUAUGUCAACUUCUAUAAUGUUGAGAAGAACAACAUUCGACCCGUUACAGCCGUACAAAUACAUUUCACUGAAGCAGGAGGGAUUACAGGUCAUGUAAUGCUGUUUUGCAUGAUGCUAAUGUAUACUACGGCUCAUCAUCGGAUCCGCCAGCAGUCGUUCGAGACCUUCUGGUACACCCAUCACUUAUUCGUGCCCUUUUUGUUAGCCCUCUACACUCACGCCACGGGCUGUUUUGUUCGCGACUCUACAGACCCAUACUCCCCCUUCGCGGGUGAAGAUUUUUGGAACCACUGUAUCGGAUACGAAGGAUGGAGAUGGGAGCUAGUAGCAGGUGGUCUUUACCUCCUCGAAAGGCUCUAUCGUGAAAUUCGAGCUCGGCGUGAAACGAUAAUAACAAAGGUGAUUCGUCAUCCGUACGACGCCAUGGAAAUCCAAUUUCGAAAGGAGAGUAUGAAGUACAAGGCCGGCCAAUGGCUCUUCAUCCAAGUCCCUGAGGUGUCGAGCAACCAAUGGCAUCCCUUUACCAUCACCUCCUGCCCGUUUGACCCCUACAUCAGUAUCCAUGUCCGUCAGGUGGGAGACUUCACACGGGCCCUCGGCGACGCACUUGGAUGUGGACCAGCGCAAGCCAGAGAUCUUGAAGGACUCGACCCCCUCGGAAUGUACGAGGUUGCCCUCGAAAACGGACAAAAGAUGCCUCAACUCCGCGUCGACGGACCCUACGGAGCCCCCGCCGAGGACGUUUUCGAAAACGAAAUCGCUGUUAUCAUUGGAACUGGCAUCGGUGUCACGCCAUGGGCAUCCAUCCUAAAGAACAUCUGGCAUAUGCGCGCUGGACCCAACCCACCCCGCCGUCUUCGUCGUGUUGAGUUCAUCUGGGUUUGCAGAGAUACCUCUUCCUUCGAAUGGUUCCAGUCUCUCCUAUCCUCACUUGAAUCCCAGUCUGCAUACGAGGCAGAAAAUGAAGGGCGCGUGGAAUUCUUGCGUAUUCACACCUACCUUACACAACGUCUAGAUGACGACACUACCGCAAACAUCUACCUCAAUUCCGUCGGCCAGGAGGUCGACCCGCUCACGGAACUGAAGAGUCGGACCAAUUUCGGCCGGCCGAACUUCCAGCGUCUUUUCACUGCCAUGCGCGAUGGUCUCCAAGACGGAACAUACAUGCCUGGCUUAUAUGCCGAAUUCGUAACGCAGAUCGGUGUCUACUUCUGUGGGCCCAAUACCGCUGCUAGGCAAAUCAGAGAUGCAGCCGCGGCAUCGUCAACUAAGGAUAUUAAAUUCAAGUUCUGGAAAGAGCACUUCUAAUAACGUUUUGUUUUUGGGUAUCAGAGUUGGGCAUAUUGGGCUCUGGUGGCUUUAUUGUGAUGAGUUACGAGUUUUCUUUUAUCACCAUCUUUCCCCUUUUCGACAAUGCGAGCUGCGUGUCAUUGAACUAGUGUAUGUACCUGAUGAUAUGCAAUGCCCUGUACAGUAGACCAGUAUAUAGUCAUGAAUGAAUGGUUCACUCUAUA